GAAAUAUUUCACGCGGAUCGACCUCAAGAAGAAACACAUUUAGUUCCCAAUAUAAAUACCCCUUUGGCGCCUCCGCAAUCCUGCAUCUCAUUCAAUCGACCUCUAUUGGCUUCUUUCUUUAAAGCACAGUUUGCGAUUCAGUUCUUGGGUUGAAGCAAGAUGUCUGGACGUGGAAAGGGAGGCAAGGGACUUGGAAAGGGAGGCGCUAAGCGUCACCGCAAGGUUCUCCGUGAUAACAUCCAGGGCAUCACCAAGCCAGCCAUUCGCAGAUUGGCUCGUAGAGGUGGUGUAAAACGUAUCAGUGGCUUGAUCUAUGAAGAAACCCGUGGUGUGCUCAAGAUUUUCCUUGAGAAUGUUAUCAGAGAUGCUGUGACCUACACUGAGCAUGCUCGUCGCAAGACUGUGACCGCAAUGGAUGUGGUAUAUGCACUCAAGAGGCAGGGCAGAACCCUCUAUGGGUUUGGGGGUUAAGAGUGUUUCUGAGCUUUUGUUGGACCAAAUAACUUAUCAGGUUGCUGUGUAGAUGGGAUUUAUAGAGGUAGUAAAGGAGGAAGUUUGUAGAUGAAUUGUCUGUCUAUUUGUCUUAAUUCAGUUUCUUAGUUUCAUGUUCUUUAGUUUGGUUGGUGGUGGGAAGGUUGUGCUAUACCUUUCACUUUGGUGGAUUGAAAUGUUAAUUUGGUGGUGUUUGAUUAACUGGUUCUCUGUUGGGUA